GUUGCAAAACAUACAAAAACCAAAAUAUGUAACAUUACGUAACCUGUUUUAUCUUUUGUAUAGUUUUAUGACAUAUCAUAGACUGAUCAAAGAUGAGUAAUUUUGCAAAGAGAAAACCACAUGCUGUGUUGAUUCCAUAUCCAACUCAAGGCCAUAUCAAUCCAUUGUUCAAACUAGCUAAGCUUCUUCACCUUCGAGGCUUUCACAUAACCUUUGUUAACACCGAAUACAAUCACAAACGCUUGCUCAAAUCAAGAGGUGAAAAUGCCUUUGAUGGUUUCACUGAUUUUAACUUUGAGACUCUACCAGAUGGUUUAACUCCAAUGGAUGGUGAUGGUGAUGUUAAUCCAGACUUGAAAUCUAUUCGUGAAUCGAUUAGAAAGAAAUUUAUUUACCCUUUUCGCGAACUUCUAGCUAGACUUGAUGACUCUGCGAAAUCUGGUCUUGUGCCUCCUGUUACUUGCUUAGUUUCUGAUUGUCUCUUGUCAUUUACCAUAAGAGUUGCUGAAGAAUUUGCACUUCCAAUUGUUCUCCUUGUCCCAUUUAGUGCUUGUUCUUUCAUGUCUGUUUUACACUUUCGUACAUUGAUUGAGAAAGGUCUCGUACCACUCAAAGAUGAGAGUUAUCUAACAAAUGGAUAUUUGGACACUAAGGUAGACUGGAUUCCAGGUUUGAGAAACUUUAGACUGAAAGAUCUUCCUGAUUUUAUAAGGACAACAGAUCCUAACGAUUUGAGGAUAGAAUUUAUUAUUGAAGCAGCAGAAACAUUUCAUAGAGCCUCUUCUAUUGUUCUCAAUACUUCUAAUGAACUUGAGAGUAAUGUUCUGAAUGCUCUUGAUAUUAUGUUUCCUUCUCUAUACACUAUUGGCCCUUUAACUUCAUUUGUAAAUCAAAGUCCACAAAAUCAGUUUGCAACUUUAGAUUCAAAUCUUUGGAAAGAGGAUACUAAAUGUCUCGAAUGGCUGGAAUCAAAAGAACCGGCUUCUGUUGUUUAUGUGAAUUUUGGAAGCAUCACAAUUAUGUCUCCGGAGAAAUUUUUAGAGUUUGCUUGGGGUUUGGCCAAUAGCAAGAAACCCUUUUUGUGGAUCAUUAGGCCUGAUCUUGUAAUUGGUGGCUCAGUGGUUUUGUCUUCAGAGUUUGCAAAUGAAAUUUCAGAUAGAAGCCUUAUAGCAAGCUGGUGUUCACAAGAGAAAGUGUUAAAUCACCCUUCAAUUGGUGGAUUCUUGACUCAUUGCGGAUGGAACUCAACCACUGAAAGCAUAUGCGCUGGAGUGCCAAUGCUGUGUUGGCCGUUCUUUGGUGAUCAACCAACAAACUGUAGAUUUAUUUGCAAUGAAUUGGAGAUUGGAAUCGAAAUUGAUACUAAUGUGAAUAGAGAAAAUGUAGAGAAGCUGGUCGAUGAAAUUAUGGUUGGAGAGAAAGGAAACAAGAUGAGGAAAAAGGUCAUGGAGUUGAAAAAGAGGGCAAAGGAGGAUACAAGACCUGGUGGUUGUUCAUUCAUGAACUUGGACAAAGUUAUUAAGGAGGUGUUGCUUAAACAAAAUUAGAUUAAAAUGAUUUUAUGUCUGCAAAAGUGUAUUGUACUAGUUCCUUGAUUUUCUUGUAUUGACAAUCUUUCAUUGACAAGAAAAAACAAUGCAUUCUUUAGAACAGUUUAUUUGUAUCUAAAUGGCAUGUUAUCACAGAUCUUGUAUUUUUCAGUAUGCAUUGUUCAUUAAUCAUAAAGAUAUUAAAACCAUGUGAAGCUUUUUAGAA